GAGGAGUAAUAAAUAAAGCAGCAUGAAUCCAACAUACCCUGUCUAGUCCACACGCUGCCACGCAGAAGAUAUAAGUACUAAGAAGCUUGGGGAAGUUUAUCGAAUUCCUCUAACUAUAGUAAAUGAUGCAAUUCGAGAAUAUCCGAGAUUGAACACAAUAACUUGUCACCGCUCUAUAAAUAGUCCUACCCCUUCAUCUCCCCCGUCAUAUUCUCAUAACCAGCAGAAAACAUAGACAAUUCUCACUAAUUUCUCAGCAACUCUUUUCAAAAAUGGCUAUGAUUCCAAGCUUCUUGAGCAGCAGUCGAACCAACGUUUUCGACCCAUUUUCUCUUGACGUCUGGGACCCUUUUCAUGGCUUCCCCUUCUCAAGCACUUUAGCCAACGUUCCAAGCUCAGCUCGCGAAACCGCAGCCCUCGCCAACACUCGCAUAGACUGGAAAGAGACUCCAGAGGCUCACGUCUUCAAGGCCGAUCUUCCUGGGCUCAAGAAGGAGGAAGUAAAAGUGGAGGUAGAAGAUGGUAGAAUUCUGCAAAUUAGCGGUGAGCGAAGCAAAGAGCAAGAGGAUAAGACCGACACUUGGCACCGCGUUGAGAGAAGCAGCGGUAAAUUCUUGCGCCGGUUCAGGCUGCCGGAGAAUGCGAGGAUGGAUGAAGUUAAGGCUAACAUGGAGAAUGGAGUGCUCACUGUCGUUGUGCCUAAAGAGGAAGAGAAAAAGGCUGAGGUCAAGCCAAUUGACAUCUCUGGUUAAAAGCAUGUGAAAAAUCUUUGCACACUUCUUGUUCCAGGUUACUACAGCUACUGCUCUUGUGUCUUUUUGUUCGAGACUGUGAUAUCAAUAAAUCCAUGCUUCUGCAGUUGUAAAUUACAGAACCUUUGGAAUAAUAUGUAUGUAUGUUAAAUUCCAGUUCAAUGUGGCCCUGGUUUCCUAGCCACUCUAUGGAACAGAACCUUUUGCCACAUUUUCUAUUUGUUAUUUUACUUCAGAUUAUCA